ACUUCAUGGUCAGAUAUACUUCCGAUGAGAAUUCAUGGCUCGGAUUUGGGUCGAUGAUAGAUGAAAAUGUGCUCAUUGCAUGACAAGAGAGAAACAAAGAAUCGUCACAUCUAGAUGAAAUGUUGGAAUGCAGAUGUUAUAGUAUAUCAAAAUGACUUCACGACAAUUACAGAUUGAGCGAGCCAUUUCUCAGUUACACACUAUAUUCAGCAGACCUUUGGGUGUGUCUUGUACGUGUAGAUGGGGACAGAGAGUUUAUUAUGUCACAGCUACUGGAGAAUCGAGACACAGAUGGAGCCGGUCUGACAGACGAAAAACACAGAAAACAACUGAAGGUUCCUCAAUAAACCUAGGCUCAAUUUUCCAACAGAAUAAUCUAGGUGCCAUUAAAGACAUUGGAUCCAAAUUUGGGGCUAAGGUUGGGAUCCACUUUUUAAAUCCCGACGAUGGAGAAGAAAAUCAAGAAACACAUAGCGGAGAUCGACAAGUACAGCAGCUGAACGCUAAACGUAAACAGUGGCACCAAGUGCGAAUAGUGACGCGGGGAGUCAUCACCAUUGCAGUCUUUGGUGGCAUUUUACAUGAGAG